UGCGUAGCGCUAGCCCAAGAAACUGGUCGCCUCGGGGCUCCGGGAGGGCGGGAGCGUGAUCCCCUAACCCCAUUAACCCGUAAACAUUUGGGGCUGGGACCGAUCUUGGCCUUGGGAUUUCAACGCAGCUUUCAGUGCUCCUAGCGUGGGCUCGAGCUUACCCCGAGCGUCAGAGCCCAGGGCUCUUUCCCUCCACUUUCCAUCCCGCGUGUUUUGAAGGAACUUGGGGAUCUCAGAAUCCAGCCCCCACGUUUGACGGAUAAGGAAACUGAGGUCCGGAAGGUACCCUAAGGCAAGACGCAGCAUUUGCACUCGGGGCCUCUGACUCCGUGUUGUCCUAAAGGAAUGAAAUCUUAGGGAGCCCUUGGUAUCGUGACUUGCCCGAGGUUUUGUCCCGCGUGCAGAGCCCAGGCCUUUGGGUUGGGGAAAGAUCCCUUUCCACGGAAUGUUUGUGAGAGGCUGAACCGUGGCCUCCGUUUGGUGCAAGAGCGGGAUGAAGGCCACGCUGCCCACCGUGGUGGAGGAGAUUCUGAGCGAGAUCGCGGCCUGCGGGGAAACGUCUCGAGUACCUGACAAACUCCUGUUGGCGCUGAAAUUUCUCUUCGGCCCGUCAGCUGUCCAGGCCUUGGACCUUGUGGAUCGCCGUUCUGUCACCCGCAUCUCCUCUCCUAGCGGAAGAACCGUAUUUCAGGUGCUUGGGAGCUCCGGGAAAGCGUACACCUGUUUCACCUCCUGCCAUUACUGCUCGUGCCCGGCCUUUGCCUUCUCUGUGCUUCGGAAGAGCGACAGCCUGUUGUGCAAACAUCUCCUGGCCACCUACCUCAGCCUGGCCCUGGGGCUGUGCCAGGAGCUGAGCGGUUCUAACAGGCAGCUGGCGGGCCUCCUGCUGGCAGAGGAAGACCCAGACCAGGCCUAGCGUCUGCGACCUGAAGUAGAGAGGCUGGACUGAAGGACUAAGUGAGCAUUUAUUAAACGUUUAUUGUAUGCCAA